AAAGAUUUAACAAAUGUUCGGAUCCAAAAUUCUCUGUGUGAAUAUUUCUCUAAUUUUCCCUAAUGAAGAUUAAAUUAAAUUAUUCUCGUGAAAGAUAACGAAUUCUGAUCAUGGAUACUUUUACAACAAUUACUCAGAAAGAUUUUGCAUGGCCUAAUCCUAAACCACUUCUUGCUAAACCAGCACAACCUCCUAUAAAUACUGGUACUCGAUUAUAUCUUCAUAGAUCCAAAGUAGAGGAUUCCAAAUGCGACAUUCAUGGUUUCAAAACUGACAAAAACAGAUACGUUCAAUUGGCCAAUAAAGUACGAAAACUUCAAGAUGAACUGAUUGCUGUUAACCAUGAAAUGGCAAAUCUCACAACGACUUUGUUGGACAGUAGCUGCGAAAGCGAUAAUGAAACAAUGAAAAGUCUUUAUGAAAUUGAUUAUCAGAAACAAGGAUUACCUAUAGCUCAUUACAAAACACUUAUGGCAGCUGUUGAUUCUCCUAUCGGGGCUCCCAUCAAACCAGCAGUAACUGAUCUAAGAAAUGCUUAUAGAGAUCCAACUAGAUUUAGAUAUUCAGCUAUCGAAAGACCAACCAUUGAACCUGCUAAAACUAUCAACCUAUUGGCAGUUCCAGAAAUCUUUACUCUUUGGAACGAACCGUUUACUGGUAAAACGGAAUACGAAGAUAAUAUCAGUAAAAUGGGACUAUGCAAUAUGAGAAAUCUCCAACAAUAUUUAGAUCCAUUACCAUCUUCGAGAAAUAGAUUUGGAGAUUGUAGACUUCAAUAGCAAUCUCUUAUUAAUUAAUUAUAAGAAGGAGCAUAUGUGAAAUUUAUCAAAUUUUAACAUAUAGCAAAUA